CUCCCCCUCCAAAUCACCCUGUUUUUCUAAUGAAGGCAUUUAGCUUUAUGUGAACGUUUAUUGUCCUUCAUUAUAUGAAUUAUAAUGUUACACUACUAGCGUCGCCACGCGAUAACGCUCACUAUGGAGCGCGUUUCCGAGAACUAGUAUCUGCAUGCUAUCUAGUGACGUCAGGCAGGAGGUUCGUGGUUCAGCGUGGAUGGGGGUGUCACAUUCCCCCAUUUGCCGGCGAGGAAGGAUGUUUAUUUCCUGACUCAAGUCUUUCGAUGGAUUCGUACCACCUCCUCUCUGUCGUCACAUCACACCGCUACAAAAGCUUCAUGGAGAUACUGGACUCAGUCGAAACCGGCCACAAAAGCAGAUUGGAAAGCGUUGUAUCGAAAUGAACGUCUUAACAGCGCUGCUGAGGUCGACAGGCUGCCUGGGUUCGCGGCAUGUGCUGCAGCAGCGCGUCGCGGUGCCGGGGCGAUGCGGACUGUGCAUUAAGUCCGAGCCCAGCUUUGGGUUGCUGUUUGACAUAGAUGGAGUCUUGGUGCGAGGAAGGACCCCCAUCCCAGCAGCAAAGAGAGCUUUCCAGAAGCUGGUGGAUGCAAAAGGGCAGUUUGUGGUUCCGGUUGUCUUUGUCACAAAUGCUGGCAACUGCUUACGACAGAAGAAGGCAGAUCAGCUGUCUCACAUACUGGGUGUUCCUAUAUCGCAAGACCAAGUCAUGAUGUCUCACAGCCCUUUGCGAAUGUUCAAGAAAUAUCAUGACAAGUAUGUGCUGGUGUCUGGACAAGGUCCUGUGCUCGACAUUGCCAAAAAUGUGGGCUUCACAAACGUGGUCAGUAUCGACAUGCUGCGUGAAUCCUUCCCUCUGCUGGACAUGGUGGAUCACAACAGACGGCCCAAACUUCCGUCUGCUCCUGUGGUGAACCUCCCCAGAGUUGAAGCUGUAGUUCUGUUUGGGGAGCCCAUUCGAUGGGAGACAAACUUACAGCUCAUUGUUGACGUCCUUCUCACCAACGGGAAUCUGAGCAAUGUCUAUGAAACCACUCACUCCACUCAUUUGCCGCUCUUGGCCUGUAACAUGGAUCUAAUGUGGAUGGCAGAGGCACAUUCACCAAGAUUCGGUCAUGGCACUUUCAUGGUUUGUUUGGAGAGCAUCUAUAAGAAGAUCACUGGAAAAGAUCUGAAAUACGAGGCCCUCAUGGGGAAGCCCAGUGAACUGACCUACCAUUUUGCUGAGUUCCUCAUUAGAGAACAAGCUGCUGAGAGAGGCUGGAGGGCACCGAUCAGAUCCCUUUAUGCUAUCGGGGACAACCUGAUGACUGAUAUCUAUGGUGCCAACCUCUACAACCGCUACCUCGAGGAACGGAUAGCCAGGAAGACCACGAAAGCAGUGGCAAACAUGGUGACUGGAACAGGGACGCCCACCAGCGUCCCUCAGGAGGUGGACAUGGACAACGGUUGGGAAAGUGAGCUUGCGUCGCCCUCCGCCACAUCCUGCAAAUCCAUCCUGGUGUGCACAGGCGUCUACAACCCCCACAUGGAGUUACCUAAAGAUGCCAACCAGUGCAUCAAAGAGACAGUCUUCCACGGCCACCGUGAUUUCCGCUUCGACCCUGCUCUGGUGGAGCCGGAGAAGAUCGUAGAGGACGUGGACGCUGCCGUUGAACUCAUCUUUGAGAUGGAGAAGUUCGACAGCAGUUUAGUUACAUAAAUCUAGUGAUGUUAUUGAUUUAAUAUCAACAGUCUGUAUGAUUCCAUGCCUUUCCAUUAUAGUUCGUGUUUUAUGGAGAAAACCUCCACAAAUAAGCACAAUGCACGACUGAGAAAACAGGAGCGAUCAUUAAAGAUCGUGGCAUUUUAGCUUUACUGGAUAGCAUGAUUUCAUUUUAGUGUUCGUGGUCCAACAGUAUUUUUUCAUAAGCUCUGACUGAACAGAUUUGCAUAUCCUACUCUCUAGUGUGCAUAAAUAGGCAAGAGAGGGCGUUCAGGCCACUGAGUCAUGAAAUACACAGUGUUCCAGCUGUAGACUGAUGUGGGAUAAAUAAAAUAAGGGCAAAACUUUGGCAGAAGCGUGAAAUGGAUUUAAUCUGUGACCUUCUGGAAGUGGUUCUUCUGCAUCCCUGGAUUGCAAGGGCUAUCAGUCUGCCUGUUUUUUUUAAAUAGAUAAUCAAAGACCAUUAGUAUUUCUAUUAUUUUUCACAGAUAGUUUAACAUUGUUAAAAUCGUAUUACAGUAACUGUUUGCCAUUUUAUCAGUACAGGUCCCAUAAACAUGGUCUACCAUUUUUAUAGGGUUGUAUGUGUAAUACCGCAUAUUAAUUCAUCAUGUUCUGUUACCUUUAUUGUGCCAGUUUUACAUCAGUAGUUGUUACAUUGCUACGACUCCAUUUUUUUUAAGGUUAUUUAUGUUUAAUUUGGUUACUGUUACACUGUAACAUAAUGGUGAGAUUUGCACUGAGACAAAACAACCUUGUAGAAAACAAAAGCCAUUCAGUUGGACAUUUGUUUUUAUAUUUUACCAGUAAAUGAUGUCCUAGUGCAAGGUUUGCACCUUCAAUAUAGUUUUGGUCGUUCAAAAUUCAGGUAGUACACUAAAGGUUGACAAAGAGGUGCCAGUUUUGUCACUUGAAACUGUAAAGUAAAUAAAGUUUAACCUCAAAUGUA